AUGAGGUUAAUAGCAUACGACACCUCAACUGAUUCUAUGGAAGACUACAUUCGGAUUAGUGGAUCUCUUGCAGGAGAUUGCUUACAACAUUUUGUAGAAGGUGUUGUCUCUUAUUUUAGCGAUGAAUACCUUAGGAAACCCAAUGAAGAAGAUUUGUACAAUAUGUGGUACAAUAUGGGAUAUUAUCUUACUAAUGGUAUAUAUCCUAGAUGGGCGGCAUUUAUUCCCACCAUAUCCCUCCCACAAAACAAAAAAGAGGGUCUUUUUGCUAAGAAACAAGAAAGUAUGCAGAAGGACGUUGAGCGUGCUUUUGGGGUAAUACAGACUCGCUUUGCAAUAAUAAGAAAUCCUACUCUUACUCGUGAUGUAUCAAUGUUGGGAAAAAUUAUGAUAGCUUUGCAUUAUUAUGCACAAUAUGAUCGUUGA